GGGGCGGGCGCCCGGCGGGGCUCCCCGGGACGGGCCGAGCUGUGCCGCUCCCCCCGGGCCGGCCCCGGCGAGGGCGGGCCGAGGCGGGCGGGUGCGGCGCACCUGCCGGGCGGCUCGGCGGGGCUCGGCGGAGCCAUGCCGGCAGCCACCGCGCCCGGGCUGGACGCGCCGCGCACUCCCGCGCUAGGGCGGGACGGCGGCGGGCCCCGCGGAUACACAGGGCAGUGCAGCCGCCUCGUCCCACCCCAGCUCGGCUCGCUCCAGGUCCUGCAGGGCAGCGGCACCGAUGUGGGCACCGUGGUCACCUUCCAGUGCUCGGCCGAGCACCAGCUGGAGGGAGCGGGCAUCGUCACCUGCGUUUGGAACGGGAACAGCACGCAGUGGACAGCCGGAGUGCCCUCCUGCAAGCCCAUAUCAAAAUACGAGACUUUUGGCUUUAAGGUCGCAGUGAUUGCCUCCAUUGUGAGCUGUGCUGUCAUUCUGCUGAUGUCCAUGGCUUUCUUAACUUGCUGUCUGAUCAAGUGUGUGAAGAAAAGUGAGAGGAGGAGAACUCAAAGAGAAAUGCAGCUGUGGUACCAGCUAAGGACUGAAGAACUAGAGCACAUGCAAGCUGCUUACUUUGGUUUUAAGGGAAGAAACAAUAACAACAACAAUAAGAAACUCAGGAAUACAUCUGUAUUUGGUGAUGUGACUAACAUGGCAUAUGAUAACCAAGGCUUCUACAGGUCCCAGGAGGAAUGGGCUCGGGAUGUGGUAGUUCCUGGGUGUUGCAAAGACAGCAGUCACCUGCUGGAGGCAGCCAGGAGCAGCGGUGGGACACACGCGGGGCCCAGGCACGGCGCUGCGCUGCAGACCGUGAGCUCCUCACACCUUGUUGAAGUCUACAGCCAUAAGGAAAGAUACAACAAACCAACCUGUCAGAUACCUGGAUAGCUGCUGUCUGAAAUGCAACUGCUUCUCUGGACCAAAAUGAAAUUUUGGUAUUAAUAUGUGCCUUAAUGACAACAUAGAAAAUUCGUUAUUCAUAUGAAUUGUAAGUUUUCUAUAUUCCAAGAUGGUUAUUUAACAGAAAUGCUUGAAGGUCUGAUACAAAUAAAGAUAUGAAUGUUAGGGCUGUCAAUCCAGAGCUGCUCUCUGCAGUGUGCUGUGCAGUGUGACCGUGACAGAAGCAUAAUGUCCUUCUGCACAGCUGGAGAGGUGGAACCCAGUUUGCAUAUUUGCCUCAUAUGAAGUUGCUGAUAAUAAAUGACACCCCCUCAGAUUCCAGUCUUCUCUGAACCAGUGGGUUUUGUAAGAAUUUCAGAAAGGAAACUCCCCCAUAUUUUUACAAACUAGCAUGACAGAACUACAAAAAAGUCUGGUUUUAAUUAAAUGCCCCAUUAUUUUAUAUCAGGAAGGUCUUUAAUUCACCUGCUCUGUGUUUAGAGAGCAUGUGCAGCAAAGGCCCGUCUGCAGGUCUGCCAGCCUGUGGGAGAGGAGAUGGCACAUGGAGGGAUGGGAUGUUGUGCUGUGGUGCACCUUGGGCCCCUACCAGUGACCUCCUGUAGCUUCUACAGGUGUCCCAGUGCGAGAUGCAGCCUUCCUGGAGCAGCCAGCUCGGGGUCGCUGCAGCAUCGUCCCUGUGAGAGCUCUCUAAAGGGCUGAGGUAGCUUUUGAAAGCCUGCCUUCUUUUCCUGUUGUUAAUCUGUUCUUCAUGUGGGGAAACAAGGUGGGUUUUUUUCUUGUUUUGUCCCUUUUGAAUAGUUAAGUAACUGAUAUGGCUCUUUUUCUACUGUUUAUAUGCAAAUAGAUGUAUAUCCUACUUAUAAUUAUUUUUGUUCAUGUUGAAGCCUUACUUAAUACUGUCAUCAGCUGUUUAAUGGGUAUCUCUCUCAUGGAUAGAAACAUGACCUUAUAGCAAGCUGCAGUAAUUGUUUUAUGGUAUAUCCUCUUGGUAUGAAUCAGGUGUCCUCUCAUGACCUGCAGUUCUGAAGCUUCAGUUUUGAAAUUCAAAUUACUGUAGCUUGCUGGCAAAUGCCCUCUUCUAUCCUGGUGAUACGCUGCAGAGAUCAAAAACACGUGCUUGAAAUUCAGUAACAUGGAAGUUGGAGCAAAAGAGCUUUUUUCUUAUUUCUAAUAAGCUCAGUUCUGCUGUACCAUACACCAGGGUGCACCUUGCAACAUGUUUCUUGCUAUGCACUGCAAAAAGGAGAAGGGAUGUACUUCCCAUCACUCCACCCAGUUAAGUUUCAAUUCAUCCAAUUAAUACUAGCCAGGGUUUAUCAGGACAUAGUUGUGCUGUGAACUAUUUUGUGUGCAGUUUUCUGCCCCCUGUCAGACCCAGACAGCUUCUGUACCCAGCAGUGUGGGCAGCAGGUCAAGGCAGGUGGUUCUGGCCCUCUGCUCUGCUCUGAUGUCAUCUGAAGCGGUGUCCAGCUCUGGGGCCCCAGCAUAGGAAGGACAUGGAGCUGCUGGAGUGAUCCAGAGGAGGCCACAGAGCUGCUCCCAGGGCUGGAGCCAGGCUGGGAGAGCUGGGAGUGCUCACCUGGAGAGGAGAAGGCUCCAGGGAGAGCUCAGAGACCCUUCCAGGGCCUAAAGGGGCUCCAGGAGAGCUGGAGAGGGGCUGGGGACAAGGGAGAAUGGCUUCCCACUGCCAGACAGUUAGAUGGGAUACAGGAAAGAAGGUCUUGGCUAUGAGGGUGGUGAGGGCCUGGCCCUUAGGAAAUGGGAAAGGGCAAAUCUAACUUUAAUAAAGGGAGAGAAGAGUGCCAGAAUGGAAGGGUUUCUCUGAUCCCCAGAUACGCAGGACAAAUGGUUAAACAAUUCCUUCACGAAGAUACAUCUCAACCUAGGAUUAAAAAGUUAUAGGCAUGGGAGGGAGAUAUUCUGUCCUACUGGCAAUAUUAUGCUUAAGGUACACAUGUGAAGGGUGGACAAGAUAUCCUUGAUCCUGCCUCUCUGCAGCUCCUUUGAAUUUCCUUCUUCCCAUCUCUGUGGGAAUGAACUAAAUCAUGAAUUCCAUGAUUUAGUUCCCUGGUGUAUUAAUUUCAUUAUGUGGCUUUAAACUGCAAUAGUAUGACUGCAAGUGAAAUAAAUUUCCUGUUGGGAUGUUUGGGUCAGCAGUUUGUGUGAGCAGACAGCCUGGCUCCUGUUCUGCAUGAGGUGAAGCUGACUAAUGUUGGAUAGGACAAAGUGCACGCUGGAGCUGCCAGGGAUGCUGGCAGCCAUAGAAAACACUCCUGAAGGCAGGUAAAUUCACUGUCCCUGUGCCGGAGCACUACAUGACUACCAUUUAUUUGGGCAGCUAAAGCAAGAGGCAACAAAGUUACACCAAGAUAAGGAUGCAACACCCAAACUGUUUGUAUGAGAUUUGUGGCUUGUUUCCCUCUGGGACUGUGCUUAGUCCUGAUGGCUGCGCCCCCUGGGGUCAGCUUUAUUGCCAAACAUAACAUAAUUUAUUGUCAGAAGGGAAGUAAGUGCUGUACAGGAAGUAGAUGAAAGCAGCUGAGACUCUAAAAUAGACAUUUAAAACCUUGUAACCCUUAAAUGAUAGCUAGCCAGUGGUUCCAGCUGGAUUCAAGCUCCUAUUUCUGCUAUAGAACACUUGCAUUUCCUUGUGUAUUUUAUGAAAAUAAUGGCUUGCACACUGCUCACAGAAGUGUUUUCCACAGGACACAUGUUGUCAUUCAGGUUUUGAAAGGCAGAGGAUCUAAGGGAACCUCCCUUAGAAUGGAGAAUACAAACCCCCUCCCUCCAAAUUAUUAUAAUUCUGAAAUUAAGGGGGCUUUCAGGCAAAGAUAUGGGAAUAGGAAAAACAGUUCUUUACUAGGAAUAUUAAAAAUACAAAUGUAGUAGUACCAAAAACACAAGCAAACAAAAAACCCCUAGAAAUACUGACAGUCAGAAUGUGAACUGACACCCUGUUGGUCAGGGUAUUGGGAACAGCCCAGUUAAGCCCUCCUGGUGUGACAGAUGUGGUUCUGUUGGAGUAGAGAUGAUCCUGUAGAAAGGGUCCAGUGGUGGUGAGAUGGGUCCAGCCUUCCUCUGGGAAUCCAGUGCAAACAGGCUGUCCUGGUGUUCUGGAUCUCAGGUUUUAGCCAGGUAGGAAUGCUGGGCUCCUCCCACUGGGUGGAGCAUCUCCACAAUGUAAUUUUAUCAGUCAUGUGGUGAGCAUUAUUGGCCCAUUAACAGAAGAUAUUCCCCCUGGAUGGAAGAGGUAAGGAACAUUGCUCCACCUGGUUUUAACAGCUGGCCCAUUAAGAGAAGGCACCCACCUCCUCCCCCCUGGAGUUAUGAGGAAUGGGUUAUACAAGACAUAAAGAAAAACACUUCCCAAACCGCUUUCAACAGAUGGCAAAUAGAAUACACAUUUUUAGUUACAUAUUGCAAGCCAAGAUAGUUGUAUCUAUGAGCUUGAGUCUGCAGUGGCUUCUAACCCGUGCCCAGUAUUGGCCUUUACUUCACACAGGCUGUGGGUUUCAUGCUAGCUGCACACCAUCCUCUCCAUCAUUCCCGACUCUGGGGGUCAGAUGGUGCCUGGAGCUGGCACAGGGAUGACUUCCACGUGAGGACUUUGUUCCCUUCCCACAGCUCUGCAGAAUGUCAGUUUGCCAAAUCUGUCAACUAUUUAUUUACUCACCUAUUUUAAGGGGAGGAUGCUCUAAAAGCUUUGCUUUCUGUCUUCAAAGAAUUCAAUUGUCUGGAUUUAAAAAAAUAAUUAGUUGAGUAUUUUUUCUCAUGUGUACAAUUUGAUUUGUGCUUUACAAGGCAUAAGAUAAGGAGCCAAGUGCAGUAUUGAACAUGUUUGUGGAGCUGGCUGUUCACUCUCCAGAAUCUCUGCAAUAUUUGCCAGGACUAUUUGUGAUCAGUGCACAUUGACCCAUUCUACAUGCC